AUGCGCCCGCUCUACGAGGCCCUUAAGGGUACGACCCCCAACCAGCACGUUGUCUGGACCGUGGAGGCAGACAGGGCAUUCGAGGACACAAACGUUGCGUUGUGCCAGGCCGCUAUGUUGGUCCACCCGUCUCCUGGGGCCCCAGUUGCCCUCACUACUGACACGUCGGACUACGCCGGGGGCGCUGUGUUCGAACAGUGGGUCGAGGGUGCCUGGCAACCGCUUGCCUUUUUCAGCCGCCAGCUUGUCCCCAGGGAGCGUAAAUACAGCACCUUUGACAGGGAGCUGCUCGCUGUUUGGUUGGCAAUCCGCCACUUCCACUUUGUCCUGGAGGGCUGUGAGCCCCUUACGUUCUCCAUGUCUAAGGUGGCCGAGCCGUGGUCCGCCCACCAGCAGCGCCAACUGGCGUUCAUCUCAAAGUAUACCACGGACAUACGACACAUUGCCGGCAAAUCCUAUGUGGUUGCGGAUUGUCUUUCCAGGGCGGUCGUAGGUACGGUCCAGCUCGGUCUAGACUACGCGCGUAUGGGUGCAGACCGCACCCUUCAGUCCCUCAAGGACUCGGACACUGGACUGCAGCUGGGAAAGGUUGCGGUCGGCGACUCUGGGGUCAGGUUGUGGUGUGACCUCUCUACCGGCCAGCCCAGGCCUCUGGUCCCUGCCAGCUGGCAGCGGUCUGUUUUUGAGACUAUACACGGCCUGUCCCAUCCUGGCAGAAAGGCAUCUGUGACGCUUGUAUCUCAGAAGUUCGUCUGGAGAGGACUCAAGAAGAAUGUGCAGGCCUGGGUUGAUUCUUGUGUGGCCUGUCAGCGCGCUAAGGUACAUAGCCAUACCAAGGCCCCGUUGGAACCUUUUGUUGUUCCGGAGAGGAGGUUUGACCACGUUAACGUCGACCUGGACAGGACGACGCGCUGGCCUGAGGCUGUUCCCCUCGCCUCUACCACGUCUGCCGAUGUGGCUCGAGCGUUCAUUGGCACCCUGACAGACGGCAACUGGGUGGACAAACUGCCCUGGGUCAUGCUCGGCCUUAGGACCGCCCCCAAGGAGGAUCUGUCGAGAUUGUUUACGGCCAGGCUUUGCGGGUGCCCGAGUAUUUUAUACCGGAUGCUACGAGACCUUGGUCUGCAACCGAACAGUUGUCCUCUCUGCAGGAGGUGA